CGAUCGUCGCGUCAGGGAGGCCGAGCAGCAUCUUAUCGCGGCCGUGACCGGUCAGAGCCAGGAGGUCCCGACUGCUGGGGCCGGUCCGGGUCUGGAUGUGGAGCCGAUGAACGUCGCUCCCCCCGCAGGUGGUCAUAAGGACAAGGGGAAAAAACUGAAGAGGCAGCGCACCGAGCCCUCCGGUCCUAAAGCGGCUGAAGCUGCGCUGCCCAUUACUGGCUGCCCGGUUCCUGACAUCUGGAGGGAUAUGGCCCUUCAAGCUAGGGGUGGAACUGCCAGCCCGCUUCUCCAGCGAGACUGUUAAACAUGCCUUGGUGUUGACUUUCGAGGCAGAGGCUGCUCGAGAGCAGGAUGCUGCCGAGACCAGAAGGAGGGCUGAUGAGGCCCUGAGGGUAGAGCGGGAGGCCGUGAAGGCGAGGGAGGCGGCUGCCCUGGCUGAGAAGAACGAACUUCUGGCUGCUCUGGAUCAGGCCCAAAAGGAGCUCCAGGCCAUCCGGGAUCAGGCUCGGGAAGAGAGGCAAGACCUUCUGGCCAAGGUGGCCCUGACCGAAAAGCACGUGAUCUCCUUUGUCCCUGCUGCUGUUCCUACUCUGACUCCUGAAGGUGGGGCCCGCUCCCUGCGAUCCUCUCACCCUGGUCCUUAACGUUAAGGAGUUCAAGAAAACGCCCCAGUUCUUGAAGGCUGGACAUGAUUACUGUCGGGGCCGUGGGGACGUUUUUGAGGAUGAGCUGCAGGUCGUGGCCCGUAGGGAGCGUCUGACCCAC